AUGGCAGAUACGGGUCCUACCGAGCGACAUUCGCAUCCUGUUGAGGCUGCUGCUGAUGUAGCUGCAGAAAACGAGCCUACUGCCGUCAUCGCGGGUCCUACCGAGCGACAUUCGCAUCCUGUUGAGGCUGCUGCUGAUGUAGCUGCGGAAAACGAGCCUACUGCCGUCAUCGCGGGUCCUACCGAGCGACAUUCGCAUCCUGUUGAGGCUGCUGCUGAUGUAGCUGCGGAAAACGAGCCUACUGCCGUCAUCGCGGGUCCUACCGAGCGACAUUCGCAUCCUGUUGAGGCUGCUGCUGAUGUAGCUGCAGAAAACGAGCCUACUGCCGUCAUCGGUGCGGAAGGCAAGGUGUCCAAGGAGUGUCUUGGUACCACGUACUUUCGGUAA